UUGUUCUGUGGGUAACAGGUAUGUUAAGUGGGGGGGAGAAGCGUAGUGUAAAGGUUAAGGUUAUAUUUUUAUAAAUUUGUUUUCACCUUAUCAUAUCGUAUUAAUUCAGUAUUUACCUUGCUAGCUUUACCUUUCACUGCUCUUAUUAACCAUGAUAUUUAAUUAUUUAAAUUGAAUAUAUAACAAUGUGGUCUAACAUAUUGGAUGAAGUUUGUCUACUUUUAGAAACUUACAGAGGCAGAGAUAAGAUUCUAAGAACAUUAUGCUACUUGACUAAAUAUUUGGGAGGAGUACAGAGCAAUGAACUUCUCGCCAAAAAGUUAUUUAUCUUUAGCUCUCAAAUGUCUGGUGCCAGAGCUACCCUUAGACUUCUUGAUGACUUUCCAAUGAUCAAGUACAGUCUGGAAUAUGGACUUGGAAAAGAUGAACCUGACAAGUUUAUGGCACAGCUGGGUGUGCUUACAAAUGUCAUUGACCAAGCAUUUUACCCAAUUGAAAAAAUGUCUUGGCUUGCAGAGCAUAAACUUAUAACUGGAAUUGAUAAUAACAAAUGGGAUACAGCCAGUUCCGUUUGCUGGGUGGUAUCAAUUUAUUUAACUCUUGUUAAGACUCUGAGGUAUUUAUUAGUUCUAGAGAAAUUCAAAAGUGGAAAAUUAGCUUCUGACGGCCUUCCUGUGGGUAAAAUAUUUCAAAUGCAAAAAUACGAAAUACUUUCCAUUAUAAGACUGUGCUUAGAUUUAACGCAUGCAGUUAACACUUUACCACCAGGUUUUAUGUGGUCAUCUAAGCUUAAAGUGUGGCACGUGGGACUGAUAGGAACGUUAUCGUCUGUACUAGGAAUAUAUCAAAUUUUCUUUAAGAGGACGUUGAAGUAAAGGAAAAUAAUUGGAGAUAUUUAAAACAGUAAUAUAAGGAAAAUGGAUGGAUGUAAGCAAUUAAUAGUUGUUAUAUGAUAUAUUAAGGAUUUUUAUAAUCUGUUCCAAUUUUUAAAGUUUAUUAAACCGUUUAUU